CCGGCUGUUCCAGGGCGGAUCCCAUGAUUCAAACCAUCCUAUAGCCGGGGUGCGUGUGUGUGUGUGUUCGCAGUGUAGCCUAGUAGCUGCUCGAAUGCAAUGAAACGCGGAGGAGCCCCGGAACACACCUGGUUCUAACCUCAGCGAAAUCCACCCUCGCCCUCUCACUGUUUACAUCGGUGUACUGGUGUUUGGCAUCGCCUGCCCUGAACUCCGGCACUCUCUUCUUCUCGCCUCCAGUAUGGAGGCACGGGAGUCAGGCUGAAGCCGGGACCUUCAGUGAUUUCGGAUAGUUGUGAAACAAACCGAGCUGUAACGUGUUGCGAGCAGGAGCAUUGUUCAAGCAAUUGAAUCUGCGGCGAAAAUGAGCUACCUUCCCAUCCAGCUGAUGGUUUUGUUUUUGGGCUUGUGCACUGCUCAGAGGCGAGUUCAGGUACAGGAAGGCCCCCUGAUCAGAACAGAAGGAUACCACAUAACCAUAUGGUGCAAUGUGUCUGGAUACUCAGGAUCUACGCAGCAGAACUUUGAGUGGUCAAUCUAUCUGCCUUCAGCGCCCGAACGACAAAUCCAGAUGGUCAGCACAAAUGAUCCCAACUAUGCCUAUGCGGUGUAUGCAAGCAGAGUGCGGAAUAAGGAGGUCUACGUUGAGAGAAUUGACCGAGACUCGGCCCUAUUACACAUUACCAAACUACAACUGGAAGAUGCAGGGGAAUAUGAGUGCCACACUCCGAACACAGAAUCUACAUAUUGGGGAUCCUACAACGCCAAGGGGAAUCUGACAGUUAUUCCAGAUACACUCAGUGCAACAUCUGUACCCCAGACCCUGAAUAAAGUAGAAGGUGAUUCGCUGGAACUGGUCUGUGAAGUAUCUGAGCAAACACCAUAUCACACGCAUGUGGCCGUCACAUGGUACCUACAAAAGGGAGAGCAGAGUCUCAAGGUCAUCUCUCUAACACGAGAUUUCAUUCUACGCCCUGGAGAGUCAUAUAAGCAAAGGCAGGCAUCAGGUGAUGUACGAUUGGACAAGAUUGGAGCCACGUCCUUCAAACUCACCAUCUACAAACUCCAGGCAUUUGAUCAAGGAGAUUUCUACUGUGAGGCAAGAGAGUGGAUCCAAGAUCCAGACAAAUCCUGGUAUACUAUAGCUACCAAACGCAGUGACAGAACAACUGUGAACAUAAAAGCUACUGAUAAGAACUUCAGUGUUCAUUUGGAGAAUGAAAGGAGAGUCUUCACAGCUGGAGACAGCAUGGAAUUAAGAUGCAUUAUUGAAGCUCAAAAUAUACAGGACCGAUAUUUCUCUAUAUUGUGGAUUUAUAAUGGUACACAAAUUGCCAACAUUGGCCGCAAUGCUGUACCAACAGUCAAUGUUGACUACACAAUCAGAGAGCGCUUGGGAUAUGUAAGGUUUGCAAAAGAAACUGAUACAACAUAUCUGCUGAAAAUCUACCACGUUCAGCUGGAAGAUAGCGGCAAAUACCAUUGUCGGGCCACUGAGCAUGAGAAAACAGUGACAGGAGAUUUCAUUGCCAGAGACACAAACAAAUCUAGUAAAAGUUUAAUCAUUGUUCAGCCAGUCAAAAGUAGUCUGAAUGUCACUGUUACCAGUAACACCACCAAGGUUUUGGAGGGUGACAUGCUUAAGUUUGUCUGCAACGUUCAUUCACUAAUCAGGAACCACAGUCGUCUCUCUGUCACCUGGCAGUUAAUAAACAAACGGGGACAGGCCAGGGACAUCAUCAGCAUGGACCAGGAUGGGACCCAAGCUAUGAAUACAUUCUAUCACAAGCGUGGCGCUACUGGAGACCUCCGGUUGGUCAAACAGUGGCCAGGUUCUUUCAUGCUGCAGCUCCAGAAUGCAGCAGUAUCAGAUGAUGGAGAGUACAUUUGUAUGGUGGCUGAAUGGAUCACAAAUGUAGCUGGAGAUUGGCAGCGAAUAGGAAAACAAUCUGCUCGCACAGUAGCAGUGGUUACUCCCCUUGAAACCGGCUUCAGCGUUACUGCAAUAACACGAACACCAUUGGUGACCUACAACAACACGUUUGAACUCCAGUGUUUCAUCAAGCCCAACUAUCCCCCUCAAGUGUCAGUAUCUGUAAAGUGGAAAUUCCAGCCUAAUGAAUCAACCAACAGCUAUGAUAUAAUCACUUUUGCACGUGACACAUCUAUUACAUGGGGAGAUAAGGCAACAAAUUUUAAAAGUAAAACAAUGAUAAUAAAAACGUCAUCCAACAACGUUCGUCUGGCAGUCUCUAAAGCCAGUAAUUUGGAGGCAGGGAAAUAUGAAUGCAUUGCAGAACUGUGGCAUCAAAAUCAAAUGGACCAGUGGGUGAUGAAAACCAGUAAAUCUUCAAAUAUUCUGGAGGUGAAGGUUAAACCUCCAGAUGGGAGAUUAAAAGUCAACCAAGCAAAACGAAACCUUGUGGUAACAGAAUAUGACAAUGUUCACUUAAGCUGUAUCAUCACAAAUCAAACAAGUCCAGACUCUCAAUUCUCUGUACAAUGGUAUGUCCAGAAAUCACUGGAGAAAGAGAACAAACUUAUUGUGAAAUCAAACCGUGACUGUGUGUUUGAAUAUGGGAAUGAGCUGGGAAGACAUGAGAGGAAUGAGCGAAUGCAGCCUGCAAAACCUUCAAGUGGCCAUUACACUUUGGAAUUAUUCAAGGUUGACAUUGAUGAUAGUGGCAAAUACUACUGCCAUGUGGAGGAAUGGCUGCUGAACCCCAAUAACUUCUGGUAUAAAGUUGGAGAGAACAGGUCCGGAAUGACCUCUGUCACAGUCAAGCGACCAGAAAACAACUUACAAACAGUCAAGGCUGAAAGGAGUAUUUCUGUACCCGAGGAUGGCCAGAUUCGACUGGAUUGCAAGAUUAGCAACCGUACCAAAUUGGAUUCCCAACUGUCCGUGGCCUGGUUUACUCAGAAAACCCCGGAGACAGAUAGCUAUCCAAUUUUCAGUCUGAAUCGGAAUACUGUUUUUGAGUAUGGUAGUUCAGUGGAUAACAGUAUGAGACUGAGGGAUAGGCUACAGUUUGAAAAAUCUACCAGUGAUUUAUACAGUUUGAUACUUCAGAAAGCAACCAUUUCUGACACUGGCAGCUACUACUGUAAUGUUGAAGAGUGGCUGCUUGAUCCUAAUAAUAUGUGGUAUAAACUGGGAGAAGAUCAGUCCGGAUUGACAACUGUCACCGUACAACAACCAGAAUUUAAAAUGCAGUUGGAUAAAACAGAAUUGAAUAUUAGUGUAUCAGAGAAGGACCUGUUCCAGCUCGUCUGCAAUGUAACCCAACAAACACAAGAUAAUUCCCAAUUUGCCGUAUCCUGGUAUGCUUGGAAAGUCAAAGAGGAUACUGAUGGAAUCAUUAAGGAGACUAUUUUAAAAGUUGAUCACAAUUCAGUGUUUGGAUUCGAUGCCUUCAUGGAUGGAGCUAAAGGGAUGAAGGACAGAUUGCAGUUCGAGAGACCUGCCAAUGGAUUGUACACACUGACAAUACAGAACUCUGGCAAAGGUGAUGCUGGGAAUUACUAUUGCAACGUCGAGGAGUGGAUUCAAAAUGCCAACAACAUCUGGUACAAGCUGGGAGAGGAUGAGUCUGGUCUGGUCACUGUCACUGUACAAAGCAAAGGUUCUUCUCUUCAGCAAGCAAUUUGUUCAAAUGAUGCCCUGUUUUAUUUCAUAUUUUUCUAUCCCUUUCCAAUAUUUGGAGUCCUUCUUAUUGCCAUUUUACUAAACACGCUACAAGACUCUAAAACUCACAGAAAAAGUCUGAUGCCAAAAUGGUGUCCCCAUACUCUGGAUUAAAGAGCCAGCGGUGACUUAUUCCCCACAAGUCUUGAGCCACCGGAUUUCAGAAUAGGACCAGGGAGCAUCGCUUAACAGAAGGAAAAGAAAGAAUUUUGGAUAAAAUAAUUUGACAUUAAGCUGAAAGAAUCAAGUUUGUAAUGAACUAGUGGUGAAUAUUCACCCUAAAAAAGAAAAUCAAAAUUUGAAAGCAAAGUCGUCCAUCCCUUGUAUCAUGAAUGCACAUUCUGAGGGUCAACAUGAUUGAGAAGUGGGGGAGAUAGGACACAUUUAUUGUAAAAUGUUUGGCUCAAUUGGCUUCCAUCCCAAUAUGCCUGAAAGAAUUACUUGGUGUAGCUGGAAUGUUUAAUUUCACACUUAUGUCUUAACUGUGCCUAGAAAUUCAUUCUUGGUUGAUAGCGCUGAGUGCACUGUACAUCAGUAAUAUCCUGUUGGUUUGUCUCUGAAAUUCCCUGAUGCAGAACACCAGUGUCUUAUUGCUGCUGUUUGGCAUGGUUAGCACAAUGACUGUUGAUGAAUUUCUAGUUCCUUUGCAAUAUUUUGCAUGAGCAUUAUCACAUUAGUCUGCUAUGUGUAAUAGGUCUGAUUGUCAUUAAAAACCAGACAAUCUACUAAAUGUUAAGAAUACAGAACUGUACGAUGUAGGGAAAAUAUUGGGACUAUAAUCUAAAUUUGAGGAUUUCUUUCCGAAAGCUUCAUGACUCUUAAUUACCCCAUUGAUUUGGUUAACAAACCUACGAGUCAACAUUAUAUCCAAGCAAGUCACAACUGGAGAGAUCAUUGUACAGCCAGACCUCCUGCUCAACCAGCCACAGCUUAGAAUAUUGAACACAGAAACA